AUGCGUUUCAACGCAGCCAUCACGUCCGCGCUCGUCUCCUCGGCCACCUUGAUGGGCCAGGCCCAUGCUGAGGAGACUGAGAAGCAGGCCGACGCUACCUCCCUCGUGGAGAAGCCUACCUUCACUCCUACUACCUUGAAAGCCCCCUUCCUCGAACAGUUCACCGGCGAUUGGGACUCGAGAUGGACUCCUUCCCACGCCAAGAAGGAGGACUCCAAAUCGGAGGAGGACUGGGCCUACAUCGGUGAAUGGUCCGUCGAGGAGCCUACCGUGCUCAACGGCAUGGUUGGCGACAAGGGUCUGGUGGUCAAGAAUGUCGCGGCUCACCACGCCAUCUCGGCCAAGUUCCCCAAUGUGAUUGACAACAAGGGCAAGACUCUGGUUGUUCAGUAUGAGGUCAAGCCACAGAACUCGCUCGUUUGCGGCGGUGCCUACAUGAAGAUCCUCCAGGAGAACAAGAAGCUCCACGCCGAGGAGUUCUCCAACACCACCCCCUACGUGAUCAUGUUUGGUCCCGACAAGUGCGGUGCUACCAACAAGGUUCACUUUAUUUUCCGCCACAAGAACCCCAAGACCGGCGAGUAUGAGGAGAAGCACCUGACGGCCCCUCCCGCCGCCCGUACAUCCACCCUCACCUCGGUGUACACCCUGGUUGUCAAGCCCGACCAGUCCUUCCAGAUCCUGAUUGACGGCGAGGCUGUCAAGAACGGUACUUUACUGGCGGACUUCAACCCUCCUGUCAACCCCGACAAGGAGAUCGAUGAUCCCAAGGACAAGAAGCCCGCUGAUUGGGUUGACGAAAUCAAGAUCGCCGACCCUGAGGCCUCCAAGCCUGAAGACUGGGAUGAGGAGGCUCCCUUCGAAAUUGUUGACGAGGAGGCCACCAUCCCCGAGGAUUGGCUCGAGGACGAGCCCUCUAGCGUCCCCGACCCCGAGGCCGAGAAGCCCGAGGACUGGGAUGAUGAGGAGGAUGGUGAUUGGGUCCCCCCUACCGUCCCCAACCCCAAGUGCAAUGAUGUCUCUGGAUGCGGACCCUGGACUCCUCCCAUGAAGAAGAACCCUGCCUACAAGGGCAAGUGGUUUGCUCCUAUGAUUGACAACCCGGCCUACAAGGGUGAGUGGGCGCCUCGCAAGAUCGCCAACCCCACCUACUUUGAGGAUAAGACUCCUUCCAACUUUGAGCCCAUGGGCGCUGUUGGUUUCGAGAUCUGGACCAUGCAGAACGACAUUCUCUUCGACAACAUCUACAUUGGUCACUCCGUCGAGGACGCCGAGAAGCUCCGCAAGGAGACCUUUGAUCUGAAGCACCCUGUCGAAGUUGCUCUGGAAGAGGCCUCCCGGCCCAAGCCCGAGGAGAAGGCUGUCACUCCCAGCGUGAGCUUCAAGGAGGAUCCCGUGACCUAUGUUCGGGAGAAGGUCGACCACUUCGUUGGCCUUGCCAAGCAGGAUCCCAUCAACGCGGUCAAGCAGGUUCCCGAGGUCGCUGGUGGACUGGGCGCUCUUCUCCUGACCAUGAUCCUGGUGAUUGUCGGCGCUGUUGGAGCGAGCAGCCCUGCGCCUGCCGCCUCCGCCGCCGCUAAGAAGGGCAAGGAGGCCGCCACGGUUGCCAAGGAGAAGGCCAGCGAGGCUGUCAGCUCUGCGGCUGAUACUGCUAAGGGUGGAGCUACCAAGCGCAACACCCGCUCGUCUGCUCAGUAA